GUGGCCUCACCAGGGGGCGAAGAACUCGACUAGCAUGAGGCCAGCCGAGCCCGUGUCGGAGACGCGACUCUCGAAGUUUUCGUCCGUGAGUUCCAGGACGUCAGAGGCGGCGGCGAAGCGGGCCGAGGCGAGCAGCAGCGCCACGCCCGGGAGCAGCGCUAGGCGACUGAAGCGCAUGGCGGCAAGACUCGGCGGGGGCGGUCGGAGGGUCGGGGCCGGGGGGACCGAGAAGACAGAGCCCACGAUCCGCACCCGCUGCCUGAGCUCGCGCGUCUGGCACGGGCAGACCAGCCGCCGAGGUCCCAACCCCCUAGGCCGACUCGGGCCGCAGUGUGGCAGCCGCCGAUUGGCUGCAUCCCCCGCUGCGUCGGGCGGGAUGAACCAGCUGACAUGGCCCAGGAACGAGGACACAUACCGCUGGCUAGAGCUGAUGCUAUUCGCUCACGGCUUAUUGACACCUUCUCCCUCAUAGAGCAUUUGCAAGGCUUGACCCAAGCCGUACCAAGGCACACUCUCCGGGAGAUACUUGAUCCUUCUCUCCAGAAGAAACUCAUGUCAGGAGACCAGCACCAGCUAGUGCGCUUCUCCAUAAAGCCCCGGCAUAUGGGCCACAUCACACACUCCCAGCGAAUGCUGAGCAGGCUUCGUGUGCGGUGCAGCCAGAGACCACCUCUUUCCCUGUGGGCUGGAUGGGUUACUGAGAGUCCUAUCUUCUCGAAAUUCAUCAUCUCCCUCAUCUUUCUGAAUACAAUUGUACUGAUGGUCGAAAUAGAAUUGAUGGAAUCCACAAAUACUAAACUGUGGCCAUUGAGACUGACUUUGGAGGUGGCAGAUUGGUUUAUCUUGUUUAGUUUCAUUUUAGAGAUCCUUCUAAUGUGGAUGUCCGGCUUUACUCUCUUCUGGAAUAAUGCCUGGAAUGUCUUUGACUUUGUUGUUACCAUGUUGUCUCUGCUUCCUGAGUUUGUGGUGUUGAUGGGAGUCUCGGGGAAGUCCGUGUGGCUCCAGCUGCUGAGGAUCUCCCGGGUGCUGAGGUCUCUCAAACUGUUUGCACGAUUCCGUCAAAUUAAAGUUAUUAUAUUGGCUCUGGCCAGGGCCCUGAAGAGCAUGACGUUCCUCUUGAUGCUGCUGCUUAUCUUCUUCUACAUUUUUGCUGUAACCGGGGUCUACUUCUUCCAAGACUAUUCCCGUUCGACUAUUGAGAACCUGGAAUACAACAUGUUCUUCUCGGACCUACUAAAUUCCCUGGUGACAGUGUUCAUCCUCUUCACCUUGGAUCAUUGGUAUGCAGUACUUCAGGAUGUCUGGAAGGUGCCGGAAGCUAGCCGCGUCUUUAGCAGCAUCUAUGUGAUCCUUUGGUUGUUGCUUGGCUCCAUUAUCUUUCGAAAUAUCAUAGUAGCCAUGAUGGUUACUAACUUUCAGAAUAUCAGAAAUGAGCUGAGUGAGGAGAUGACCCACCUGGAGGUUCAGUAUAAAGCUGACAUAUUCAAGCGACAGAUCAUUCAGAGGAGACAAAACCUGUCCCCUGAAUCAGUAAGAGGAACAAGACAAGGAAAGCCCUCUGAAGACUUAUUAGGAGGUUCUAAAGAGUCUGUAGUCAGUGAUCCUGGAAAAAAUGACGCCAACAAAAGCGAAGACGCCGAAAAAAGUGACGCCGACGCCGACGACAAUGACGCCGACGCCGACGACAAUGACGACGACGCCGACGACAAUGAUGACGAUGACAACGCCGACGAAAAUGAUGACGACGCCGACGACAAUGAUGACGAUGACAACGCCGACGAAAAUGAUGACGACGCCGACGACAGUGACGCUGAGCAGGAUGAAGCUGGAAAAGGACAAAAAGAACCACCGAAAGCAAAAGUCUACUCAUCUUCCUCCUCUGCCUGUUCAUCCUCCUACAGUUCUUCGUUAGCUGAUUUGGAUCAUGUUGAUAACUUGGACUGGGAGACUCUUGUGCAUGAGAACCUGCCUGGGUUAAUGGAUAUGGAUCAGGAUGACCGUGUUGUUUGGCCCAGAGAUUCCCUUUUUAGAUAUUUUGAGUUACUAGAAAAGCUUCAAUAUAACAUAGAGGAGCGCAAGAAGUUGCAAGAAUUUGCAGUCCAGGCCCUGAUGAGCUUUGAAGACAAGUAAAGUAAAUGGAUGGCGGCAUAUCUCUCGACCCAGCGAAAGCUAACGAUGGGAAUAGUUGAAAAUAAAGAAUUCAAAAUAUAAAUAUCUAAUAAAAACCACUAGUGACUA